AUGGCAGCUCCAGUGUCUUCAGACUAUGAGCUCCUUACGGAGCACUUUGGCUACCCGCCAGUCUCCCUCCUCGACGACAUCAUCAACACAAUCAAUGUCCUCGCCGACCGCGCCCUUGAUUCAGUCGAGCGUCUUCUUCUCUCCAUUCCUCCACAAUCUCUCGGCUUCUCCGAAAAACAUGCUCCAGCUGGAGAGACACCGCUACCCCCAGAUGAAGCCGCAAAGCUCGAGAUUGAGCAUGGCACGCAUCAGCUCGAGACGUUGCUAAACGCGUCCAUCGACAAGAACUUUGAUCUGUUUGAGCUGUACACCAUGCGCAACAUCCUCACAGUGCGGCCCGACGAUCAGCCAUACAUGCGCCUCGCUCACUACGAGGGCCUCGACUUCGCCGCCCUUGAGGCUCCCGACCGCCCGACCACCGAGUCCAUCACGGCCCUGCGGAGGAGGCUGCACGCCAGCCAGAAGCUGCACGCAGCGCUCGAGGCGGAGCGGGCGCGCAAUGACGCGCUUCUCGCCAAGCUGAGGGCGGCGCUGGGCGUCGUGCCGGGAGGUGUCAAGGCGGAGGAGGGACAGGCUCAGCCCGGGUCGGCGUUUGGAUUCCUCCGUGAUAAAGCCAGUCUGCAAGACGCGGACGCCAAUACGCCCAUUGCUACGACGACCGAGUUUACCCUCUCUCAGUUGCAGGCCCUCCGUGCGCUUUCAACGUCUCUGCGCACGCUUCUUCCUGAUCUUGGACCUGACGACGUGGAUGCUGAUGCUGCCGAUGAGGAUGCUGCAGGCGGUUCAAAGACAUGGAGACGUGAGCGGGUAGAAUAUGUCGAAGGGGCUUCACGCAAGUAUCUCGAAACAGCGAGAGGUCUAGAGCUAGGAGCUCAGGGCGAAGUCCGCGAUGGGGAGUGGCAAGGCGAGGGACGCAAGAUAACACGAGGAGACGUCGAAGGUCUAGAGCAAGUAGUCUCCAUGCUGGGCAACAAUAAGUCGCCAGAGUCAAAAGGCGGCGAUGGGGAACCAAUGGACGAGUCAUGA